CAUGUUCGCCAAGAGGCGCCUCCAAAAGUCAGGGCUGGCUGUGUGAGCUUCUGCGCUGGAAGGAGGAUCCGUCCCCGGAGAACCGGACCCUGUGGGAGAACCUGUGUAUGAUCCGGCGCUUCCUGAGUCUGGCCCAGACGGAACGAGAUGCCAUCUACGAACAGGAGAGCAACGCUCUGCAGCAACACUGUACAGACAGACUGAUACAGCUAGUCAACGACAACACACUGCUCCAACGCCACUCCCCGUUGCCACAGCAACACCAUCAACGACUCCUGACCCCUCGGUCCCAGCAGCCCUUGCAGCCCCAGGCGGGGCCUCGCCUGCCUCCACGACAACCGUCCACAGCAUCACCAGCCGAGACUGAGGGGGGUGGGGGCCAACUGAAAACCUGGUUGGGGGGUAGUAAGGUUGAUGGGAGGGUAGAGGACAUUACUGGCCUGGGCAAUAGGAGUAGGGCUGGGGGUAGUAAUGACAAGGAAGGAGGCGAGGGAGGUUGGUCGGGGGCCAGACAGAGUAACGGGGAGGGCAAUGGCGGGCAUGAGGGGGGUGAGGGGUUUCGGGUGUCCCAGGAGGCGCAGGGGAUCCUGCAGAGCUUCAUCCAGGACGUGGGUCUGAACCCAGAUGAGGAGGCUGUCCACACCCUGUCAGCCCAGCUGGGCCUGCCAAAACACACCAUCCUCAGCUUCUUCCAUUGCCACCACCACAGCUACACACACCAGAACCAUAGACAGGACUACAGUGAGAUCCACCACAACCAACUUCCCAGCCAGAACCACAGGGACCAGGACCUGCUCUUCUGUAUUGGAGCAGGCCCAACCCAGCCUGACAGAACUACAGGGGAGAAGGAAGAGGGAAGAGCCGUAGAUCCCGCUGGACAGAUAGAUGGACAGGAGGAGGAGGACAUGGAGGGGGAAGAGGAAAUAGAGUGGGAGGGGGGGAAAGAGUUGGAUGUGAACACCCAGACUAACGCCGUCGUCACCCUAAAGGAGGAGGAGCAACAUGACUCUAACCAAUCACAGCCGGAGACAACCCAACCACAUGACUCUGAUGAAUAGCAUGGCCCCAUCCACUAGUUGUCCUUUCAAACCCAAUGACUCAACUAGAUAUUUUCACAGCGCUACUGCAGAAAAUAAUAUUCAUUUUCUGAAGAACUGGAGUAAUGAUGUGUCAUAAUAGGUGAUUCCCUUAUUUGUAAUGAAAUAUUGAAAUAAAGGACUGUCUUUGUGAAAAGAAAUGAGAUUAUGUAGUUACACAAGAUACUUUAACUGUUGAGGAUCCCAUUUUAAACACAUUAUGCCAACAAAUGCCUUGUAGUAUGUGUCACUACCCGCCUGGUCCUAUGGCUAGAUCGGCCUCWCUGGAUUCUGAUGAUACUGAAAUGUGAAUAUUGAUAAGUUUGUUUUGAUUUCUUUCUCUGUCACCAAACUCAACUAUGCUUUCUUAUAUCUUUCUGUCACAACGUCCACUUUUAGGUGUCUCUUUGACUGACGGUAAAAUCAAUUGUCUUAAGGUAUUUUAUGGUCAACAAUCAACACAUUUGAGUGGCUUCUCUCAAAUUGUGUAUGCAAAUGAUUUCACUCAUGCAAUUUAAUACUUCAGUUGAUCAACUGUAGAAGAAAAGGCUAAUAUGCAAGUGAUGUGUGUGUAUAACUGCCUUUGAUUUAACCUACCAUCUUUGUAAAAAUGUAUUUGUUUUAAAAUAGUUAAUUCCAUCGAUUUAUGAGUAACUUGAUCGAAGUGGUUGUUUUAAACAUCUUUAAUAAUUUAUCUGUUCAGAAAUGCAAUGAAUGUGGAUGUUAAUUAAUUUUGUAUUUAUACCUGUGAUUUAUG